UUGGAAAGGGGGUUAGGAAUCUGAGCAAGAAAUGAAGAAGAGCUGCUCCAGGGGCUGGGAAAACUGUGCUGCUGCUGUCUGAAAUAGAAGCAAAUACUCUGCAGGUGGUUAGAUUAGUUACUGGGGUUCACAGUUUGUAUAAAUAAUGAGCGGGUGAUAAUCCAUGGGGAUAUAUGUGGAAGUUAGGGUCAGCUUCAAGCAUCAGGAAAGUCAAGGAAAAUGGCUUGGUAAAGGCAGAAGGAAUUUCCAUUAUUGGAAAGGGUGUGUGGUCCCUCAGAAGGAGAAAGAGUGGGCUGGGAUAGGAGAAGGAGGAAUCCUGCAAAUAACCCACAAGUGCAUCAUCUCCGUGGUGCAGGCCAGCAGUGUCCUCUGGCAAACAAGCGUGGAAGCUGUUUUCUGGGGCUGGCUCCCCAGCUCUGCCACCAGCGUGCAGAUUCAUCCAGUACCCACAAGGCUCACAAUCCUCAGAGGCAAGGGCAGGCUCUAGGAAGGUGAUUCCUGUUACAAACCAGUGUCUCUGAAGGACUGGCAGGGCUCUGGGAAUACGGAACCGGAUCCUCGUCCCUUCCCUUCCUCCCCGGCGCUCUCGGGGUGAUUUGGGCAGCAGCCGCGCUCCGCAUGGAUUUCAUUGCUGGGGCCAUCGGAGGUGGUCUAAGCACAGCCGUGGGUUACCCACUGGACACAGUAAAGGUGAGAAUUCAGACUGAGAACCACUACAGAGGAUUUUGGCACUGUGUUCAGGAAACAUACAGGGCAGAAAAGGUCCGGGGAUUUUACAAAGGGGUGACUGCCUCAGUCCUCGCUGUAUCAGUGGUUUCCUCAGUUUCCUUUGGCACAUACAAGAACUCCCUGGGCGCCCUGUGCAAGCUGCGCUACGGGGCUGCAGAUGCCAAGCCGUCCAAGCUGGAUGUUUCCCUCUCCGGAGCUGCUGCCGGCGCUGCCCGGGUUGUGUUGACAAACCCUAGUGAAGUGGCUAAAGUUCGGAUGCAGACUCAGAGGAACCCAUGCCCUUCCACCACACAUCAGCCUGUUUCCAAGCCAAAGUACCAAGGGUCUCUGCACUGUCUGAAGGUUAUCAUUAAGGAGGAAGGUUUUGGGGGUCUCUACAAGGGCUGUUCUGCAUUACUCUGCAGGGACUGCUCUGCUUCUGCAAUAUAUUUCCUUUCCUAUUCUGCUCUGUGUGACUGGCUCACACCAGAUGGGAGAAAUAAACCAGGUUUCCUGGUUGUGUUGCUUUCUGGUGGUUUUGCUGGAGUCCUGGCCUGGGGAUUAGCUACUCCCAUGGAUGUCAUCAAAUCACGCAUGCAAAUAGAUGAAUCGGAGCAGCACAAGUACAAAGGCCUGAUCCACUGUGUGAGGGAAAGUGUGAGAAAGGAGGGGGCAAAAGUGCUUUUCAAAGGACUGGGUUUAAACUGCAUUCGUGCCUUUCCUGUGAACAUGGUAGUGUUUGUAACAUAUGAAGGUGUACUGAGAUUUACAGAUCAUUAUAUAAACAAAAAGUAGCUUGUUCCACUCUG